ACAUAUGGCAGAUUUGAAAAUAAAGUUGACUUUGACCUUGACUAUAACGUUAAGCCAGUCCUCCUGCCCUUUUUUCCUGACGCAAUCAUAAUCUUUAUUUCUGCCAUGUGCUUUGGCAAGCUUUACGCGCACCUGUUUUAUACAUGUCACUCAAACACAGAACCAGCAAACAGGAAUCACAUGAGUUCAGGGAGAUAGAAAGUGUGUUUGAGCUGUUGUGUGUUUGUGUCUCUGUAUUCACGCAGUAAAAUGGCAGAAGCCAGAUUCUCUCAGAAUGAGUUUGUGUGUGCAGUGUGUCUGGAUCUGCUGAAGGAUCCAGUGACCAUCCAGUGUGGACACAGUUACUGUAAGAUCUGUAUUACAGCCUGCUGGGAUCAGGAGGAUCAGAUGAGAGUCUACAGCUGCCCUCAGUGCAGACAGACCUUCAGUCCAAGACCUGCUUUAGCUAGAAACACCAUGCUGGCUGAAGUGGUGGAGAAACUGAAGAAGACCAAACUUCCUCCUGACUGUUACGCUAGAGCUGGAGAUGUGCAGUGUGACAUCUGUACUGGAACAAAAUACAAAGCCGUCAAGUCCUGUCUGAUGUGUCUGAACUCUUACUGUCAGAAUCACCUUGAUCAACAUCAGAGUUUGUUUAAAGGAAAGAAACACAAUUUGAUUGAUGCCACUGGACGACUGCAGGAGAUGAUCUGCCAGAAACAUGAGAAGAUCCUUGAGGUUUUCUGUCGCACUGACCAGAAAUGUAUAUGUGUGCUGUGUACGAUGGAUGAACAUAAAAACCACGACACUGUAUCAGCUGCAGAACAGAGGACAGAGAAACAGCACCAACUAAAAAAGACGCAGAAGAUGUUCCAGCGGAGAAUCCAGCAGAGAAAGAAAGAUCUUCAGCAGCUGAGAGAGGCUGUGGAGUUUCAUAAGCGCUCUGCACAGACAGCAGUGGAGGACAGUGAGAGGAUCUUUACUGAGCUCAUCUGCUCCAUUGACAGAAGCUGCUCUGAGCUGAUACGACUGAUCAGAAAUCAGGAAAAGCGAUUGGUGAGUCGAGAUGAAGGACGACUGGAGCAACUGGAGCAGGAGAUCAAUGAUCUGAGGAGGAGAGACGCUGAGCUGGAGCAGCUUUCACACACACAGGAUCACAUCCAGUUCCUGCAGAGUUUCCAGUCUCUCUCAGCACCUCCUGAAUCUACAGACGGAAAUGACGAUCCCAUCAUUUCUUUCUUCCCUUCUGAUGAUCUGAGAGAAUCUGUCCAUCAGCUGAGAGACAAACUGGAGGAUUUCUGCAAAGAGGAGCUCAAGAAGAUCUCAGACAGAGUCACAUUCAACAACAUUGUUCCCAGGACCAGGAACGACUUUCUACAUUAUUCCCAUCAGCUCACUCUGGAUCCAAACACAGCAUAUAUAGAUAUCCGUUUGUCUGAGAGGAACAGAGUGAUGACUAACACUUGCACAGAUCAGUGGUAUCCUGAUCAUCCAGACAGAUUUGAUUGUGCGUAUCAGGUGUUGUGUAGAGAGAGUGUGUUUGGACGCUGUUACUGGGAGCUGCAGUGGAGUGGCAAUAAAUAUGGUGUGCGUAUAUCAGUCUCAUAUAAGAGCAUCAUCAGAAAGGGAUCAGAUAAUGAGUGUUUCUUUGGGUAUAAUAAUCAGUCCUGGAGUUUGAUCUGCACUCCCUCCAGUUACUCAUUCAGACACAAUAACAUAGAGACUGAUCUCCCUGUAGAGUCCAUCAGCAGUAGAAUAGGAGUGUUUGUGGAUCACAGUGCAGGAACUCUGUCCUUCUACAGCGUCUCUGACACAAUGAGCCUCAUCCACACAGUCCAGACCACAUUCACUCAGCCGCUCUAUCCUGGCUUUUGGGUUGGAUCUGGAUCAUCAGUUAAACUGUGUUGAUGAAUCAAAAUAGAUUGACAAGAGAUUCUACCCAUAAUGCUUUGAGCUGCAUCAUAAAUCAGUAACAGUGAGAUGUUAUAGAGUUUCUUCUUAAUGACUUAAUGUCAAGGAGAGAAAUAGAGAGUGAGAGAGAGCACUUCUAUUGUGUGAUCUUUACUGCUGUUCACUUCAGCACACACAUCAUUUGGAUUAAAAGUUUCUCAUCAGUAGGUCUAUAAAACAAAAUUUAGUUAGUCUAUACAUGUCCAUCUCAUUCUGCAACAGUACAAACGUGGGCAUGUUUUGCUUGCUUCAUGAUUGUUCUGCAUUAUAUUGUCACUUUGGUUGCAGCACAGAUGAAAAACAAUCUUAUAUUUCUAAUAAUGUGUUCAUCAUAGUUACAAGAUUUAUAACGAGUGGUUCUCUGCAUUAUUACAGCAAAACAUCUUGUGAUGACAUUACUGAGCCGCUGCAGUAGAGCAGCUCUAAUGCUAUUCAAUUAAAGAUGAUCUACCACAGAGCAAAAAAAUGAACAGUGGAAGUGACAAAAACUUGUAUGAUACAUUUUAAUGGGCAUAAUUAAGUGUGAAAAUAACUGAAGGAAAUAUCUAUUUGCUAAAUGAACUAAGCCAACUAAUAUUAUACAUACUGUUUUGGUUUCUGUACCCAAUAUUUUAAAAAUUACAAAUGCAAUGAAAAUACAGGUAUCUGUAGCCAGUGUUGGCAAGUAUCAAAAAUAGAAGUAUUGGUACUUGCCUAAUUCUGGAAAAAGCAGUGUUGGUGCAUCCCUAAAUAAAUGUGUGUAAUAAAUCCUCAUAUAAACAGUAAGACUAGUGUUUGUGUGUUUGUGUCCUACUGAGUAUUUCUGUGCUUUUCUCCAGCUCUAUUUGUGUUGAUGUAAAUAAGUCAUUUAGUUUUAAUAUAGUGUCACAUCAAUCAUUUUUAAUUUCAUGCUGUUGAAUUAAAUGUGUUUGUGUGUGUACAGUACCUGGUUCUGCCUAUGUUAUAAGGACCAAAUGUCCCCAACAAGAACAGUAAUACCAUU